ACCUUAGGUACAUACCUACCUAAUAGUUCCUGCACCACCAGCCCAUCCCCCAACCAUAAAUUUCUCAGCUGUGGGAGAUAGCUUAAAUUCCUCAAGUAAUCUACCACGUAUACGUGCUCCGCACAUAUUUGAAGCGACAGGCGCCCCUCCCCAAGCACGAAAUAUCCGGCCUGCUCCCAUAAAGUGCCUACAGGAAUUACCCUACCUUAGUUCUACUGGGUAGUAAGGCAGUACCAGUAGCAGCAGCAGCAGUGCUUACAGCAUCAUCGUCGUCCCUUAAUUAGGUACUGCCUAGGCAUCUUACCUACUACGGAUCGCCUUAGCUUGCUUCUUCUUGCCGUUUUCAGUAAGAGCAACAUUAGAUGCCAAAUAGAGGGGUGCGACUCAUUUCAAGGCCUCGUGAGGCCCAUGGCUACGAUUAAUAGCAACAACAACAAUGGCAAGGCGGCCGACUUCUUGUCGGAUGAGUCUGGUGGUGAGGAUUUCGACCACGACCCCGAGAUAACUCUUGCCUCGAUUAAGCCACUAGAGGCCUUUCGGGAGCUGUUGCAGAACUGGCGAGACGCCAUCAUCAAGUCGUUCGGCCUCGAUGAGAAGGACUUCCACGUCUUUCGCGAAGAGAAGACGCGGGGCAGCGACACCGAGGUCGUCUACAAGGUGCUUCGCUUCGACGACAGUGACGAGAAACAGUGUCUGGGCUACUUGCGCUUCAAGUCUCGCGACGGCGCGGGCACAAUCGAGCUAAUCAACCGGGCUGCCACCCUGCAGCCCUGGCACCUCGACCUGGGCGGCACAAGCAAGGCUAGCGACAACAAACAAGCCGGGGCCCAUGGCGAAGGCAUGAAAAUUGCCCUCCUGGUCUUGAUGCGUGGUCGCCAGAACCACAUGGUCAGCUGCCGUUCAGGCGGCUUCGACUGGAGAUUUGCCUUUACCACGCGCGGCCGCCUUGUCGCCCGUCUGAGUCGCAUGUCUCACAAGAGCAUGAGUAAUGCCGUGAACCAGGCCCGGCGGCUCAGUGAGAGGACCCUUGUCCCGUUUGCAGGAGCUCCCGACGGCGAUGUGCAGUUCGUCAUCGGCGAGCAGAAAAAGGGCCGCAACGAGCGAGGCGACAUGGUCACUCGAAGCCCCGUCCAGCGCUGCGACUUCGAUGCCUGGACUAAGGCUGCCCUGUUCCUUCAUAGCACCGACAAUGGUGCCAUCAUUUCCGCGGCCAAGGGCGACCUUCUCACGAGCCAGUACCUUCGCGGAAGCGUCUACCUCAAGGGCCUCCUGCUACGCGAGUCCUCAUCCGGGCAUUCGGCGAGCAUCACGACCUUCCCCUUCCGCUUUGGGUACAACUUUGCCUUCGGGUCGACCAACAGAGAGAGGCAAUCCGUAGGCGACGCAGAAGAAGAGUCCAGGUCCAUUCACGACAUAUGGUCUUGCGUGCUCGACGCGCAACCGGGCAUGGUGCGGGAGCUAAGCGACAUGCUCAACGAUCCCCAGUCUUCUCAGAUCGCCGAGGUGUGUGGAUCUAGAAAGCACUUGACGCGAAGUAUGGCCUCGAGGCUCAAGAAGUACCCUGUUGGCGAUGAGUUUGCAGGCAGAUGGUACUAUUGCGCUGAAGACGCCAGUAAUAACCCAAGACUCAAACAUGUUAUUCAAGGCCUAGGAUGCAAAGGCUUUCAGUUGACCAAGACGUACUGGACUAUCCUGCGCCGAUACCAGCUCGUCCGUACCGCCGAGGAGGAGGAGUGCCGGCGCUUUACCAUGGCUGACGCCAACAACCCAGAAAUCGCCCUCAGAACGCCAGUCAUCGACGACCCAGCCAUCAGUGACCAAGCCAUCAACGACUCAGCCGUCAACAUCCCAAAUGUCAACAACACAGCUUUCAAACCCCGAGCUGUCAGAAACCCAGGCACCAACUCCCCUGCC